AUGGACAGGGUUUCUACGGCCACAGCUCCUUUAGUGCAGUUUACCAAGGAUUCCGUGCACUUUAUUAACCGAUGCACCAAACCUGAUAGAAAAGAAUUCAAGAGGAAUACGAUCGCCACCGCCGUUGGUUUCCUCGCUAUGGGAGUCCUUGGAUUCAUUAUCAAACUGAUUUUUGUCCCAAUAAAUAGCAUAAUCGUUGGGAAUUAA